AUGCGUUCAGGUAUUAGACAUGUCAGGGAUACGAAAACUGUUUCCUGUCUUGAAAUUUAUUGGGAACUCGGCUGUCGUGCUUCAAGGGUAGACGAGAACGAAGCAAGAUCAGUAGCUCAGGAUGGCAGUGAGAGCAGUAGUACUUCAGACACCACGCCCGCUACAUCUUUCAGUCUCCACGCCACCACCGACCCCUCGAGUCUACGCAGCCCAGUGGCCGUGUGUGUCUUGGCGUUGGGCGUGACGUGCAGCAACGGUGGUAAUAGCAACGGGAAGCUUGAUGCACAGCACAGCACAGCACAGCACAGCACAGCGGAGAGAUUGGUGGAGUUGACGAUCCAAAGGCCUGACUCCACAGCGGUAAUGAGCCUUGUGUACCUUGCACUGUCUUCACUGACAACGCCCACUACUAACCCCUCUGCCUCCGCCACCGUUUCAAGAUCAGGGAAGGACUCUGCCUUGCAUCGCGCACUGUGAUGGUCGCCGCCCCCGCCCCCGCACCCGCCGCCGCCGCUGCUGCUGCUGCUGCUGCUGCCGCUAAGGGAGAAUAGUUUGUUGAGUGGAUGACGGCGCGUUCACUGACCCUCUCCCCAUCACCCUACCAACUCCGGCCACCCACCCCCCUGCCACCAGACACCUGCUACACCACCACUACCGCCGGCUCCGUCCAGUGAAAGAUUCAUCGCAGACCUGCCAUUCAACGCCUGCCGCCGCCGCCACCACCACCACCUCCUUAUGGUGGUGUCACUGUACCUGGAGCUGUUGUCAUGAUUGAAUAAUAAAUUGUGAAGAAAU